GAUCGAGAGCAUUUAAUGUGUAUGGUAAAACUUUGUAUUUUUUCCUUUUGAAGAAAUAAAUACUAGUAUUGCUUUCGGUGUAAUGGAAAUGAUCUAAUUCGGAUAUUCACGAAAGGAUAGGGAAGUACAUAAAAUUAAUCCAGAUCAUUUGGUUUCAAUAAUGGGCGAUGCCACUUUGUGUAUGGUGGCGUUUGAUUUUGGAACAACUUAUUCUGGGUAUGCCUACUCAUUUUGUUCAGAGCCAUUGAAAGUACACACAAACCGUUGGCAAGCAGGCGAUAAGACCAUUUCGUAUAAAACCCCUACAUGCGUGCUUCUCAAUAAAGAAGAAGAAUUCCACUCCUUCGGAUAUGACGCUGAAAAUCAUUUUGCUUCUCUUGCCGAAGAUGACAGCCACCAAGGCUGGCUUUUAUUUCGCCACUUUAAAAUGAGUUUACACACUAACAGGAAUUUAUCAGCAGCAACAACUGUACCAGACAUAAAUGGAAAACAAAUGCCGGCCAUGGACAUAUUUUCAAUGUCUGAAAUAUUUAAAAGAACAUCACAUGAAUGUUGUACAGAAACAGAAUCCAGACAUUAUAGAUAAACAUAUAAAGUACGUUAUAACUGUACCAGCAAUAUGGACAGACAGCGCCAAACAUUUCAUGCGGAAAGCUGCAGAGAAGGUACGUUUCUAGUAUUCUAUUUAAGCGACAAGUUAAUAAAAUCUGUAAAAAGAUCCUUUGGAAGUAAAGAAUGCAACCAAGAAGAAUAAUAGCAGACU